GACCAAAUCGAACUUAAAUACAACCUGAGUUCUCGAGGCUAUCUUCAUUCAUAUAUAAUUGCCGUCCGGCUGGCGACUGACAAGCUACGUACUAUAAAUGGAGCAGUAUCCCUCGUCGUCGUCGACAAUGAUAAUCACCGGCGCGCUACUACUUGCAGUCAUCACAUGUUUGGGCGGCGCGUGGACUGGAAACGCUCAAAUAACUGCUGGUAGCACGGAAUUCCCGUCGCCUGUAUGCGAUGGCGCCGGCGACGCACUGGGUUCCAACUGGGCUUAUUACGUGGAGCAAGUUCUUACGGCACUGGAGACGACAGCUCCCAACAGUCAAGCGUACUAUGCCCAAUUCUGGUACCCGGAGUACGCCACCGGUAAUCCACGUGGCGCCGCCGCCUGCAGUACGACCCUCGGGGUGGCAGAAUGCGAGGCGUGUCUUGCCGGCGUGAAGAAGAACCUGGAGACGUGCAAGAGUCGCCAAAGGUAGAAGUGAGAAUGCUGACUGCUCAAUGACGUUCUUCCCAAUCGGCGCGUGAUUGAUCACAGCCGGGCCGGAAAUUCUCUCCGCGUGGACUGGACGAAUGUUACGAGAUCGAGUCGACGUGGCAUUUCGAACAAGAAUUAAUUAGGCUUGCGUAUCAUUUAAUGCUUUACAUGUUUCGUCUUAUUUGAAGACGUUUUGAUUAUGAUUAUUAGUUAUAAGUGUUUUAGUUGGACUAGGAGUUGUGUUAGUCUUGUUUAGUAUUUAAUAAGUGUUUAUUGUAAGG